AUGUCUUACCAAGAGCAGCAGUGCAAGCAGGCUUGCCAGCCUCCUCCUGUGUGCCCACCCCCGAAGUGCCCUGAGCCUUGUCCUCUGCCAAAGUGCCCUGAGCCUUGUCCUCCCGCAAAGUGCCCAGAGCCCUGUCCUCUGCCAAAGUGCCCUGAGCCAUGCCCGCCUCAGUCAUGCCAGCAGAAAUGCCCUCCUGUGCAACCUCCUCCACCAUGUCAGCAAAAGUGCCCACCCAAGAGCAAAUAA